CCAGCGCUGGGCGGGAGGCGCGGCGGAGAAACGAGUCGCCUACAUCCCCGGCUUUACCCGGGCCAGCAGCCUUGGCAGGAGGGACCCAGGCAGGAAGCCCUGAGGGUAGUAGGGACGCCCUGUUGGAAAGCCGGACCAGCCUAAGCCAGGGAGCAGAAACCCUCAGACAUCAUUCUGGAAAAUCAGAGCCACUUUCCCGACUGUACAGACCCAUGAUUCCAAUCUCCUGCAAUCCUAAACUUCUGAGACUCUCCUGACCUCCACUGAACUGGAUUCUCGGAGAGUCCUCCUUGUCUAUGAAAUGCAGUUAUCACAGCAGCUGGACUUGUUUCCUGAAUGCAAGGUGACCCUUCUGUUAUUUAAAGAUGUAAAAAAUGCAGGAGACUUGAGAAAAAAGGCUAUGGAAGGAUCUAUUGAUGGUUCAUUGAUAAAUCCCAAUGUGGUUGUCGAUCCAUUUCAGAUAUUUGUGGCAGCAAACAAAGCCGUUCAUCUCCACAGACUGGGAAAAAUGAAGACAAGAACCCUGUCUACUGAAAUUAUCUUCAACCUCUCCCCAAAUAAUAAUAUUUCAGAGGCUUUGAAGAAAUUUGGCAUCUCAGAAAGUAGCACUUCAGUUCUGAUUGUUUGCAUUGAAGAUGGAAGCAAACAAGUACCUCGGGAACACCUAAUAUCUCAAGUGGAAGGCCAGCAGGUGCCCUUGGAAAGUCUUCCCGAAAUAACAAGGCUCUCGGAGGUCAAGAAGAUAUAUAAACUGUCAUCACAAGAAGAGAGGAUUGGAACCUUAUUGGAUGGUAUCAUUUGUAGAAUGUCAACAAAGGAUGUUUUAUAAGAUAGUUAAAAUGUCAACAGAAAAUCACAGGGUUAAUCGCUAUAGCUUUUCUUCCCUAGUUGUACAUUAACAUAUUCAUCACAGGAAAAGGGAGAAGAUACCACAACCGGCCCGACUGUUUUUACUUCUUAAAGUUAAUCUCUGUCACUGGUUCUGUCAUUGUCAUCUAGUCUUCUGUUUGUAUUUCAAGACAUUUCAUUUUUAUACAAUUGGAAUAAAAAGUGCAAGCACCUAGAGAGGGCUACAGAGCUCAAGGCUUGUCCUCAGUAAUCCCUCCAUCAGUUGUCACCCACCUUCUACUUCCACAUUGCCCUUUAAGCUCCGCAUCCUGAGCAUCUUAUGCAUAAGAGUUUAACUCUAAGCCAGGUGUGGUAACUCAUUACAGUCCACUGCUCAGGAAGCUGAGGCAGGAGAAAGCCACAAGUUUGAGGUCAGCUUGGGAUAUGCCACAAGUUCCAGAUCCAGCACUAUGUUAAAUCCUAUCUCAAUGAGUAAAUAGCAAUUCAUUUAACUCUCUUAGCCACUUUUUAGGUAGAUUUGUCUUUGUGCCCACUUUAUACAACAGGCAGCUAAAAGAGUGUAGCAGUAUUAACUGACUAGCCCAGGGUCAUGUAACUAGUGCAAAA